AUGGUUUGUUUGUUGGAGAAAAGGAGAAAUCGAAGAAAUCGAAGAAUUCGAAAAGAGCUGCUGAUCGUUUGGGCGGAAAUCCAAUCUUUUUUUAGAUCGAAUUGUUUUUUUAGAAUGCAGCCUGGAAGAGAACCUUUGGAAGUUGUGGAUCCCGAACUUGCCGAUAUGAUUGAGAGAGAGAAGAACCGCCAGUGGAAGUCGCUGGAAAUGAUUGCUUCGGAGAACUUUACUUCGAGAGCGGUCAUGGAGUGCUUGGGAUCGUGUCUUACAAACAAAUACUCGGAGGGAUAUCCGGGUCACCGUUAUUACGGAGGCAACGAGUUCAUCGAUGAAAUCGAGCAGCUCUGCCAGAAGCGUGCCUUGGCCGCUUAUCAUUUGGACCCUGAAAAGUGGGGUGUGAAUGUCCAGCCCUAUUCCGGUUCUCCCGCGAACUUGGCUGUGUACACGGGUCUGCUGAAGCCCCACAGCCGAAUUAUGGGCUUGGAUCUUCCUUCGGGUGGUCAUCUGACGCACGGUUACUACACCUUCAAUCCCAAGACGGGAGUGCGCAAGGCCCUUUCUGGCUCCUCGAUCUUCUUCGAGACGCUUCCCUACCACGUGGAUAGCGAGACUGGUCUCAUCGAUUACGACGAGCUGGAGAAAUCGGCGAACGUGUACAAGCCCGAGCUGAUCAUCGCGGGUUUCUCUGCCUACCCGCGCGAUCUGGACUACGCGCGCUUCCGCAAGAUCGCGGACAGCUGCGGCGCGAUCCUGAUGAUGGACAUGGCGCACAUCAGCGGCCUGGUGGCGACGGGCGAAGUGGCGAAUCCGUUCGAGUACUGCGACAUCGUGACGACCACCACGCACAAGUCGCUGCGUGGUCCGCGCGCCGGUAUGAUCUUCUUCCGCAAGGACGAGCGCGACUUCGAGAAGAAGAUCAACGACGCGGUGUUCCCUGGCCUGCAGGGCGGUCCGCACGACCACCAGAUCGCGGCCAUCGCCACGCAGCUGCGCGAGGUGGCCACGCCGGCGUUCAAGGAGUACUGCGUGCAGAUCAAGAAGAACGCGAAGGCGCUGGCGCAGGCGCUGAUGGCGAAGGGGUACAAGCUGUGCACGGACGGCACGGACAACCAUCUGGUGCUGUGGGACGUGCGUCCGCUGGGCCUGACGGGCUCGAAGAUCGAGAAGGUGUGCGACCUGGUGAACAUCUCGCUGAACAAGAACACCGUGCACGGAGAUCGCUCGGCGCAGUCGCCCGGCGGCGUGCGCAUCGGAACCCCCGCGCUGACGACGCGAGGACUGAAGGAGGCGGACUUCGAGAAGGUGGCGGAGUUCCUGGACCGCGUGGUGAAGAUCUGCCUGGACGUGCAGAAGAGCUCGGGAAAGAUGCUCAAGGACUUCGUGGCCGCGCUGCCCAACAACAAGGACAUCCCGGUGUUGGCGCAUGAGGUCGCGGAGUUCGCCACCUCGUUCCCGAUGCCCGGAUUCGACACGGAGACGAUGAAGGUGAAGGAUUUGUGGAGUGUUUGUUGA